AUGGCGGUAGGUAGAAACUGCAAAAAAGAAAACAAGAAAAAGUUCGUUUCCGUUAUGGAUCCCAAACAGAUGUAUCCACAAGGCAAAGAGCCAACAGCACCUUCGGCUCCAAUGUACGAUGCUCCACCUCCGUACGCUCCGCCUGGCUAUCCAGUACCCUAUAGUUCCCCGUAUCCACCGGGACCUGUUCCCCCUCAACCCAUGUAUCCUCCACAAGCCUAUGGCUAUCCACCAAUGGCACAACAACAGUAUUAUCCGCCCCAGUAUCAGUCUCACCCGACGAUGCCGCCUCAGCAAAUGUUGCCGCAACAGGUACCCGUCGCUCAGAGCCAUUACGUAGUUCACGCUCAAUUCGAUGCUGCAGCUCGUUUCAAUCAGCACUCUGCACCGACGAUUCCCCCCCCUCCUCCCGGCUGCAUGCCCAACGAAGCUCAGAGGGCCAUGAUGUCUGGUCAACCCACGACCGUGAUCGCACAGCAGAAGAAAGGUGGUUUCUUCUCUGGGAGCGGAGGCGGAGGUGUGAAGUUCUGGAGGCCGAAGGCGGUACCGGCCGGACCUCAUAAGGUUCAAGAGCCGACGUACAGAAAACGACGUACUAGCGACAGUCAGUCAUUGUCCACCGAUGAUUCUGCCAAAAGUAAGCCCCGUCAGAUCGUCGGGGAAUACGAAAUGUCGAGCGCGGAGAAAUCAUAUAAAGCUCAUCUGAGGGCUAAGGUCCGAGAGGUCCAAACAAACCUCGAACUCAAUGCGUGUCCGACGGCAAAACUUUCGGAUUUUGAAGUUCUUGGCUACCUCAGUAAAGGCGCAUUCGGUAUGGUGUUCAAAGUGCAGCAUGUCUCGACCUACGAAGUUUUCGCGUUGAAAGUACAAUCGAAGCAGGACGUCGUCCAUCGGCGGAAAGUCGAGCAGGUUGUCAUGGAGAAGAAAAUUCUCGCCGCCGUAGACCACGUCUUCAUCGUGAAGUUGCACUACGCGUUCAAGGACAACGCGGCGCUGUUUCUGGUGCUCGAACUAGCGCCCUGCGGCGAUUUCCUCAGACUUCUAGCUCAGAAGGGUCACCUCGACGAGGAGCACGCGAAAGUCUACGCGGCUCAGGUCAUUCUGGUGUUCGAGUACCUGCACGCAGCCCACAUCAUGUUCAGGGAUUUGAAACCCGAGAACAUCCUCGUCGAUGAGACAGGCUACCUGAAAGUGACCGAUUUCGGUUACGCGAAACGGGUGGUCGGCAACACAUCUUCUUUCUGCGGGACCUUGGAGUACCUCGCACCGGAACAGGUCUUUAAGCGACCGUAUUCGAAGAGCGUCGAUUGGUGGGCACUCGGAGUGCUGAUCUACGAAAUGCUCCACGGACACUCGCCUUUCGCGUGUCCUGGGGACGAUGACAGAUUGAUAGAACGCAUCAAGAAAGACGACGUCCAAUUCGAUCCAGCCAUACCGCUGUCGAAUGAGGCAAAAAGCAUUCUCGUCGGUCUCCUGGAUAAGACUAGCACGACGCGUCUCGGUUCCGCGCGUUCCGGAGCCGACGAUAUCAAGAGACAUGAGUGGUUCGCCACUAUCCAGUUUGUAGAAGUUUAUAAAAAAAACUAUCCAGCCCCAUUCGUGCCGAAUAACCAAGUUCGGCUCAAAGCAUUUCGCCGAGAGGAUAUACCGACUGCGGCCACAGAGCGCUACAAAAAUGAUUUCGCCGAGUUCUAG